UUUUGCCGCCAUUCCAGCCAUGUCCCGCUCCCUCACCACGAGGGCCGUCCUCAGAGCCUCGAGCCCCCGUCUGGCUCUUCUAAGGACAUACUCUAUCGCCACCCCGGACCCCUCCAAACCGCCCGUACCGAAAUUACAGCCACAUCAAUAUGCCGCCUUCGAACAUCUCUCUCAGUCACUGUCUUCAACGCAGCCCUGUUUCGGCGCGAGAGGAGAUGAGGUGGAGCUCCUGAAUGGGCCGACAGGUUUCUACAAACGGCUGAUAGAGAUCAUUGGGAGAGCGAAGAGGAGAAUACUGAUAAGUAGUCUGUAUAUCGGCGCUGAGGAGGGCGAGCUUGUUGAGGCUAUCAAAGCAGCCCUCACAAACAACCCUCAACUACGCGUGGUAUUCAUGCUAGACUAUCACCGGGCCACCCGUUUGUCUACGUCGAAUCCCGACCUCCCUCCGUCUACCGCGCACCUUUUGCUGCCUCUUGUCGAGAAAUUUCCUGAACGGUGCGAAGUAUGGCUGUACCGAAGCCCCAGGCUGAGGGGAUUGAUGGAGAAGAUCGUCCCUGCGAGGUACGAUGAAGGGUGGGGGACGUGGCAUGGAAAGUGGUACGGAGUGGACGACGAAGUGAUCAUCAGCGGAGCCAACUUGGGCCAUUCGUACUUUGCGAAUCGACAAGAUCGGUACAUCCAUUUCAGGUCAAAUCCGAGUUUGCUCUCCUAUCUCUCGUCCCUCACUCGACUCUUCACGCAAUACUCCUAUCUCUUGCACCACUCACCACCGGCGCACAUUUCGCCUUCCAAUACCGUCCCUCUGCUAUCACCUGAAGACACCGACUCUUCAUCACCACCUCACAAACCUCGUGCUUCCCUCAUAUGGCCUUCCGCUUCCAUAAACCCCCGCAGAUUCGAACCCCAUGCGUUGGCCACAUUGACAGCCUUCCAAAACUCGUGGCGCGCCUCCAAUUCCUUCCGUUCUCGGCGUGUCGACGUCGAUACCUGGUUCUGGCCUGUUCUCCAAGCAGGCGUGAUCGGUAUCAAGGAAGAAGAACGGGCCAUGGGCAAGGUGUGGGAUGCUGUCAAGGAGAGCUACCAGCCAGGCGGUGAAAAGGUGGAAGGAGAAGAGAGAGAAGGAGAUGGGCAGAGGGUCGAGGUAGAUUUGACGAGUGGAUAUUUUGGCCUGUAUAAAAACUACAAGAAGGCGGUGAUACAAUCGCCUGCACCGGUAAAGAUCAUUGCUGCCUCGCCCAAAGUGAGUCUUGCUCAUUUCCUCGGUGCACAAGCUGAUGAUAUACAGGCGAAUGGCUUUUACGGCUCUAAAGGCUUCUCUAGACUGAUCCCGGAGGGAUAUACAUUAUUAGAAAGUAGAUUUCACAGAGACGCGGUCAGGGCUGGUAGAGCCUGGAACGACAAGUCUCAGGAAGGUGUGCGACUGAAGGAAUGGGAGCGAGAAGGAUGGACAUAUCAUUCGAAAGGUGCGUACCAUACAAAUCAAAGUGGCACAGGCUGACUCGGCGCAGGUCUAUGGGUAUCGCCGCCUGGCUCUAAACCAUUCUUGACCUUUAUCGGCUCGUCCAACCUGUCCACCCGUUCUCUCACGCUCGAUACCGAGCUCUCACUCCUCAUGAUGACCUCGUCGCCCACGUUGCGGCGUGCUUUGAAAAGCGAAGUCCAGGGGCUCGACGAAUGGGCCGGUGAUGUUGGAGAGGAGACAUGGACACUUGAGGAGAGGAAAGUGAGCUGGCUGGCGUGGGCUCUGGUAGCAUUGGGAGUCGAGGGGAUGCUAUAGACCCUGUAUUGGGGCUCGUGACGCUUCGUUGUGAACGUAUGCAGCAAUCAAUAUAAUAUGCUAUAAUGCCAACCUUUUCCACACUCUUACCAUAUCCUCUUCAAAU